AUGCCUCCGUCGUUAUCCAAGCGCGCUAAAAUUGCGAUUGUUGUUGUGACAACAGUAAUGCCGCCACAAAUAUCACGAAAAAAAAGAAAUGAGUGGGCAAAAACAUAUUUAAAAAACCGUGAUGAAUUUAGUCACAUGAAGUUAAUCAAAUCGCUCGAUUGCGAAGACUUCCGUAUAUACUUGCGACUAGAUCACGAAACCUUUGAGGAACUCUUAAAUUUGGUUAAACCUCUAAUCACGAAAACUGAUACUGUGAUGAGGAAAGCUGUUACUGCUGAAGAGCGACUUAUUGCAACGUUAAAAUAUCUUGCAUCAGGAAGAGAAUUUAGAUAG